UCGCUUUUAUAUGAUAAUCGUAUUCCUCUGGCUCUGAAUUUCCACAACGCUUGUUGUUUCCAGUUAUUUUAAGUACCAGUGUCAUGCUUAUCUUAGCUAUUGGCGAUUUACACAUUCCAGAUAGGGCAAUUGACCUACCGGCAAAAUUCAAAAAGCUAUUAGUGCCAGGAAAAAUCUCCCAGGUGUUAUGCUUAGGCAAUGCGACUUCAUCACCAUCUACCCUUGAGUUCCUUAAGAGUCUAUCACCAGAUUUCCAAAUUGUGAAGGGAGAAUUUGAUGAUAACUCUACUCUACCACUAUCCCUGGUGAUUACACAUGGAUCCUUGAAGAUUGGGUUCACCAAUGGCUACACCAUAGUUCCAAGAGGGGAUCCGCUGAGUUUACUGAUAACGGCAAGACAGAUGAACGUUGAUGUGUUGAUAUGGGGAGCAACACAUAAGGUCGAAGCUUACACUUUGGAAGGGAAGUUCUUUGUGAACCCAGGAAGUGCUACUGGCGCAUUCACAACUGAAUGGCCUGAAAUUGACGGAGUUGAAGAAUCACAAAGUGAUGUUGUGAAGGAGGAUACCAUCGAGGCAUAUGAAGACUCUAAAGGUGAAGACGGAUCAAAGGAGACGACUGAGCCGUCCGAAACAGCUGAGCCUGAAAACAAGGAGGAGGAGAAAGAAGAACAAGGUGUGAAAAAAGUGGAGGAUAAGGCAAUCGAAUCAGACAAAGAUGGUAGUGACGAAGAAGAUGAGGAUAACGAUAUAAUCCCAUCGUUCACGCUGCUUGACAUCCAAGGCUCCGUCAUCACGCUAUACAUCUACACAUAUAUCAACGGCGAGGUGAAGGUGGAUAAAGUGAGCUACCGCAAGAACCAAUGA